AGAGACAGGGUUUCAACGUGUUAGCCAGGAUGGUCUCAAUCUCCAGACCUUGUGAUCCAUCCGCCUAGGCCUCCCAAAGUGUUGGGAUUACAGGGGUGAGCCACUGCACCCGGCCGUGGCUUCCUCUUUUCUAAGACCUUUGAGUGUGCUCUGGGGGUGGUAGUGAUGUAGCCAGGACAGCCACAGACGCCGUUCUGUGGCAUGGGAACACCGGCCACCACAGUGGGGUGGCCAAGCCUGUCCUAUGCAAAAAUGCAGAGAAAGCCAGUUAGCCAGUUAAAGCCUAUUUCAGAUAAAUGAUGAAAAAUUUUAUAGUAUAAGUAUGUCUCAGAUAUUUCAUGGGCCAUACAUUCACUUUAAAAAAGUAUGUAUUUUUCACGUAUUGGGAGGCACUUGGCCUCCCAAAGUGCUACGAUUACAGGCAUGAGCCACUGCGCCCGGUCUGUUUUCUCUUUACAACAGAGCAUCCCCGACAUGGGCUUGACUUUCAAGUCCUUGAAUGUCAUCUCAUGAAAGCCCCACGGGGGAGCAUCCUCAGCCCCUGCCCUGGGAGGGCAGCCACGGGGAGGGUGGGCACGGGGCCACGGCCACCCGCAGUGUUGCAACUCUGCCCUCUGCUUGCUUUUUAUUGCUGUGUCCGGAAGAUGAGGAGUGGGAAGGCCUCCUGCACCCUGGAGACCGUGUGGGAAGACAAGCACAAGUAUGAGGAGGCCGAGCGGCGCUUCUACGAGCAUGAGGCCAUGCAGGCGGCCGCCUCCGCCCAGCAGCUGCCAGCCGAGGGGCCAGCCAUGAAUGGGCCCGGCCAGGACGACCCUGAGGACACUGAUGAGGCAGAGACCCCUGACGGCAGCAGCAGGAGUGAUCCCAGGAAGAGUCAGGACAGCAGGAAGCCCCUGCAGAAAAAGAGGAAGCGCUCCCCCAAGAGUGGGCUCGGCCCGGCGGACCUGGCCCUCCCGGGCCUCUCGGCCGAACGCGUGUGGCUGGACAAGUCACUUUUCGACCAGGCAGAGAGCUCCUACCGCCAGAAGCUGGCAGAUGGGGCUGCCCAGGCAGCCCAGCCUCCUGCCUUGGCCCCUUGGGGUCCCUGCAUCCAUGGAAGCCAGGUGGCCUGCCACCACGUGACCUGGGGGACCUGGGUCAACAAGUCCUCCUUCGACCAGGCUGAGCGGGCCUUUGUGGAGUGGUCUCAGUCCCUGUUGCUGGCUCCCGAGGGCAGCCGCAGGCAGGGGACUCCCGACACAGGCCAGCAGGCGGCCGUCCCCAACCUGGCCCAGCAGCCCAGCCCACCGGCCAAUGGCCAGCCCCCGCUGGGCAGCCUGCAGGCCCUGGUUCGGGAGGUGUGGCUGGAGAAGCCCCGGUACGAUGCAGCUGAGAGGGGCUACUAUGAGGCCCUGUUUGACGGCCAUCCCCCGGGGAAAGUGCGCCUGCAAGAGCGAGCUGGCCUGGCUGAGGGUGCCCGGAGGGGCCGCAGAGACCGGCGGGGCCGCAACAUCUUAGGGAACAAGCGGGCUGGGCCGCGGCGGGCCGAUGGGGAGGCCCCCUCUGCCUUGCCCUACUGUUACCUCCUGCAGAAGGAUGCAGAGGCCCCCUGGCUCAGCAAGCCCGCCUAUGACAGCGCUGAGUGCCGCCACCACGUUGCCGAGGCCCUGCGCAUGGCCUGGUGCCUCGAAGCUGCCUCCCUGGCUCACCGACCCGGUCCUCGGUCUGGCCUGUCCGUGUCCAGCCUGAGACCCAACAGAAAAAUGGCUACAAACUUCCUAGUACAUGAGAAGAUCUGGUUUGACAAGUUCAAAUAUGACGACGCAGAAAGGAGAUUCUACGAGCAGAUGAACGGGCCUGUGGCCGGUGCCUCCCGCCAGGAGAAUGGCGCCAGCGUGAUCCUUCGUGACAUUGCGAGAGCCAGAGAGAACAUCCAGAAAUCCCUGGCCGGAACCUCAGGCCCCGGGGCCUCCAGCGGCCCCAGCGGAGACCACAGCGAGCUUGUCAUCCGGAUCGCCAGUCUGGAAGUGGAGAACCAGAGCCUGCGUGGCGUGGUACAGGAGCUGCAGCAGGCCAUCUCCAAGCUGGAGGCCCGGCUGAACGUGCUGGAGAAGAGCUCGCCUGGCCACCGGGCCACGGCCCCGCAGACCCAGCAUGUGUCUCCCAUGCGCCAAGUGGAGCCCCCAGCCAAGAAGCCAGCCACACCAGCAGAGGAUGACGAGGAUGAUGACAUUGACCUGUUUGGCAGCGACAAUGAGGAGGAGGACAAGGAGGCGGCACAGCUGCGGGAGGAGCGGCUGCGGCAGUACGCAGAGAAGAAGGCCAAGAAGCCUGCACUGGUGGCCAAGUCCUCUAUCCUGCUGGAUGUCAAGCCUUGGGACGAUGAGACGGACAUGGCCCAGCUGGAGGCCUGUGUGCGCUCUAUCCAGCUGGAUGGGCUGGUCUGGGGGGCCUCCAAGCUGGUGCCCGUGGGCUACGGUAUCCGGAAGCUACAGAUUCAGUGUGUGGUGGAGGACGACAAGGUGGGGACAGACUUGCUGGAGGAGGAGAUCACCAAGUUUGAGGAGCACGUGCAGAGUGUUGAUAUCGCAGCUUUCAACAAGAUCUGAAGCCUGAGUGUGUGUGUGUGCGCGCGUGCGUGAGGCCCUGCCACGAUUAAAGACUGAGACCGGC